AUGAGCGGAGACAAUGAGGAUUCCGGAGAAUUGGAAGACAGCGAGGGCUACGAUCUCACCCGGGCACCAUCCACGGAAAACAGGGGCUCGACCGAAUCAGUGAACCCACGACAACAAAACAUCCAAUGGAAGCCUUCGUCAAGGACAGUCGAGGAGACACUAGCUGAGGGUCUCUCCAAUGAGGAUCUCUGGCUUUUGAUUCGGCGAUUUAACAAGCAAAUAUACCAUGUGAAGGCUGUUCAAGAUGCGACCAGUCAAAAUCUAGAUUUGAAUCGAGCGGAAGAUGAACAGUUUCCGCCCGAAAAGCUACGCAUGACCGUUGAGCGAUUCUACACGUCUGUUGUCGUUGGUGUGACCGAACUGGUUCGACAUGUUGGGCGGUUGAGAUCUUGGAGAGAGCCCGGGCGGACUUUUGUCUUCACACUAGUAUAUUUUCUUUCAUGGUAUCUGGAUUUACUCGUUCCCACUAUAAUGAGUGUCUUGAUGGCCUUGAUCAUGUUUCCACCCAUCCGACCGGUUCUCUUUCCCAGUGCUCCGGCCUUCAAAAACAAAGGCUCACCAACGGGCAAAGAUAGUCAGCCUCAAUCCCAGGACAGUCUAACGGGAGCGCCGGAAGUGCAUAAAGGUGAAGCUGCUGAACAAGAAGCCAAGAACAUGAUCGAUAGCGUUGCAACUAUUGCUAUGGAAAGUGCUGCGGGCAAGUAUGGCCAAGCUGUACCGCAAGAUCUUGACGAAGUCCCUCCUCCCUCUGAAGCGGUCGAUGUGGCGGAUAUCUCCGAGGAAAUUGGUACUGAGGAUCCCACUGACGACAAGACGAAAAAGCCCGUAAGGAACAAAGUGUCCCGGGGUACUGAUAAGGCCAUGCGUGCAAUCAGUGAUAUCACGGACAUAUACGAAAAGUUUGCAAAUCUCUUAUCCCCUACACCACCGUUUCUCUUGGUCACACCCCGGCUGCGUCUGUCGGGUAUCCUAGGCUUCAUUUGCCUAGUGUUCCCUUUUGUAUCCAGUCACGCUAUCAUCAAAACUGCUGGAUUUAUGAUUGGAGUAGGAUUCUUCGGCGAUCCACUGUUCACCUUCGGAAUGGCGAUGUUGAAUCGGACGAUCCCCAACUGGAAGGAUCAAAUGGACAUUCAAAAGACACUAUUGGCUGGUGUUCCUACAAACGCCCAGUUAACACUGACACUAUUCCGAAUCGGAGAAAUCAAUUCGGCUCCCCUACCACCGCCACCAAAAUCCGGCGACAAUGAGCCAUCAUGGCCAAUUCGCCGCAAAAAGUCCUCAGCCAAGCUUCUGACCCAAGGCAGCGACCUUGACUCUUCACUCAGCCCCCAAACACAAGGUCCCAACGAUCCUCUUCCGAUGGGCAAGCCGAAGAAGAAAUGGUUCUACAAAGUAUUCAAAUUCGUCCGUCGCACUAUCGCGACGGCUAUUCGAGGACACAUCGCCUUUGACCGCGCCAUGGCCAUCGCCGGUUCAGCCCAUACUAAGAACUUGAUCACGAUGCUUCAACAGAAGCACUUUUCCUCAAAGCCAUUCGGCCCACUGAAGUUCGACGCUAAAUUCAUGAAGAAACGAGGCGCUGCAGUGAUCGACUCCACCCAGGAGCCACCAAUCCUGUAUUUCACGACGUAUCAGUCCGCCGGCCUGGAUGAUCUCCGCUUGGACAGUCGCAAGAAGAGCUCCGUUUUGUUUCAAAUUCCCGUUACGGAGAUCCAGGAGUUGAAGAAGACUGAGGGUCUGGGGUGGAAGGGGAAGUUGAUUGUGGAGCUGACGGCUGGCAGUAAAGAGGCUGCUGACGGGUUGGUGGUUAUUGGAAAAGAAGCCGGACAGGCGUACCAUCUUACGGGGAUGCGGUCGCGGAACCAGUUGUUUAAUCGAUUAGUGGCCAUGGAUGCACAAUUUUGGGAGAGUCGAUGA